GACUUUUUUCAGCCAAAUAUCGAGCAUAUAAAAGAAGAUGUGAAAGACAUGUAUCACAUAGAGUUGGACAGUAAGACAUCGGAAAAAGAGCUCGACUUUUAUUACUUCCAAAUGCAUGACUUCGACAAUAAUCUCGUUUUGGACGGACUCGAGAUACUGACGGCUAUGAAUCACGUCAUCGAUACCGACUAUUUGAGGGCUAAAACGGAAACACAAAAGACUUCAACCAUUGCACCAAAAGAUGAUAUGACUGAUGACGAGGAUGUGGAUCCUAUGGAGUAUUACCACAUUAGAGAAAGAUAUAGAAAUCAGAUUCGUUGGAACCAAAAGUUUGACGAAGACUCGAAAGUGAUCGACCAUUUGUUAAAAGAAUACGACAAAGACAACGAUGGCUUCAUUUCAUACACAGAAUAUAUUAUUGCCAGAAGAGAAAAACAUAAAUAA